AUGUGCAAAUUUUCAUCUGGUUGUGGUACUUCUGACUCCAAGUCAUGCCGUAAAUGCGGUGCCAAGUUAUGCAAGGGUUGCUCCCGUUCAUUGUCGACUGGUGCUGCACCACCAAGCGGAAAUUCUGCUCAAUGCCCAGAAUGCAAGAAUAACUAUUAA